UCUUUUAGUUUAUGGGUGUCUUGUUUUGGGUAUAAACUACUAAUGGGUGUUUUCUCUAAUCAAGUAAGAAGUUUCAAAACUGCUAAUGGGUGUUAAAUUGUUUCUUUUUUCUAGAUUUUGUUGUAGAUUAGAUUUUUACUGCUAAAUUAAUUAGUCAACAGUCAAAAGUGUCAUUAGUUGUAGGUAUUUGUGGGUGUCUUUUAGUUGGUAUAAACUACUAAUGGCUGUUAACUUAUUGUUUUUUCUAGUUUUUGUGGUAAAGAUUAGAUUUUUAUUGCUAAAUUGAAUAGUCUAUAGUCGAAAGCGUCAGUUGGUUGUAUGUAUAAACUACUAACGGGAGUUAAAUUGUUAGGCUUAUCUUGUUUUUCUGGUAUAGAUUGAAUUUUUAAUUUUUUUUGCUAAUGUUUAGUCAAUUUGUUGAAGAGCAUCUUUUAGUUACAGGUUUCAAACUCGUAAUGUGUGUUAAUUUCUUGGGUUGAUCUUGUUUUUCUGGUAAAAGACUAGAUUUUAAUAAGUAAUGAUUAGUCAAUUGUUGAAAGUUAGCUCUAGUAUGUGCUUUUACUGUGCGAGGGCGAGCAUUGGCGCUGUGGUAGAGUUAGUGACCUCUUUGCAAAAUUGCAGGGGAAGACUGUUUACAUUAUAUGCUCGCCCUUCCUCUACCCUGCACUAGCCGGGGUACUAAUGCCACAUUGGUAUUGAGCAUUCCUUCUUAAUUUAUGAGUGAGCAGUUUGAAAUUUGGCAUUUUUAUUUGAUAAGUAUCCUUUUUAAUUUUCCCAAGAACAGGAAGUACUAAUUAUAAUGAUCAAGGAGGAAAAAGAAUGCCUCAAGUGGAGAAAAUUUAGAAUCUGUGACUGUUGGCCAAGGGACGGGUGAAGGCAAAAGGGCCUUGUAUCACUGCAAUUAUUGCAACAAAGAUAUCAGCGGGAGAAUUCGUAUAAAAUGUGGUGUCUGUUCUGAUUUUGACCUAUGUAUAGAGUGCUUUUCGGUUGGUGCUGAGGUGCAGCCUCACAAGAGCCAUCACCCCUAUAGAGUUAUGGACAUCUUAUCUUUCCCGCUUAUCUGCCCGGACUGGAAUGCUGAUGAAGAGAUGUUGCUUCUGGAGGGACUUGAAAUGUAUGGCAUGGGUAAUUGGGCAGAAGUUGGUGAGCAUGUCGGAACAAAGACAAAAGAAGCCUGCGUUGAACAUUUUAAGAGCGCAUACUUAGAGUCACCUUACUUUCCUCUGCCGGAUAUGACUCAUGUCAUUGGGAAAAACAGAAAGGAACUCCUUGCCAUGGCUAAAGGGAAUUUCACAGAUAAGAAAGGACACUCCUCACUUGGUGAUGUUGUUCCUAAAGAUGAAUCAUUCUCCCCAUCUAGAGUCAAAGUUGAAGACUCACAUAAAAAUGGUCCUUUAGGCCGCUUAAAUUCUGUAUCCAAUACCGGAACCACAGGCAUUAAAAAACCAUCCAGCAAAGCGCAAGCCAAAGACCAAAAUGCACCUGUAAAAUUGGAAGAUAAUCACCCGGGCAGAAAUUUUGGAGGCAAGAAACCUAAAUCUUUGAAGGAUGAUGGAUCCUCGUUGAUGAAAUUAAGUGGAUAUAACGCCAAAAGGCAAGAAUUUGAUCCUGAAUAUGAUAAUGAUGCGGAGCAACUAUUGGCUGAUAUGGAAUUCAAGGAAACUGAAACUGAAGAGGAGCGCGAACUUAAGUUGCGUGUUCUGCAUAUCUAUGGCAAGAGGCUUGAUGAAAGAAAGCGUCGCAAGGAUUUUAUUCUAGAGAGGAAUUUACUCCAGCCAAGUGAAUUUGAGAAGGAUUUAUCUCCAGAAGAGAGAGAUAUAUGCCGACGUUAUGAUGCCAUUAUGCGCUUCCUCUCCAAGGAGGAGCACGAAGAAUUACUCAAGACUGUGGUCUCAGAACAUAGAUUUUUGAAAAGAAUACAAGAACUCAAGGAAGCAAGAGCUGCUGGUUGUCGUUCUUCUGCUGAAGUUGAAAGAUACAUAGAAAGGAAAAGGAAGAGGGAAGUUGAAGAAGGUGUUCCCAGAAAAGAAAGUUCUCAGAUUGGUCCAACAAGCCAGGAGAGCUGUCAGGGCAAUUUGAGUUCCAUCACCGAUUCGGGCGUUGUAGCUUUUUCUGCAGGAGAACUGUUAUCAGAACCUGAGAAACAAUUAUGUCGAGAAAUCAGGUUACCACCUCAACAUUAUCUUAGGAUGCAGGAAGUCCUUACAAUACAAAUUUUUAGUGGCAAUAUUACAAGAAAAUCUGAUGCGUAUCCCUUGUUCCAAAUAGAAGCAACUAAAGUAGAUAGAGUUUAUGAUAUGCUUUUGAAGAAGGGAGUUGCACCCUUGUGAAAUUUUGUCCAGGCAUUAUUCUUUCUAGUUUAUUUAAAUGACAUCUCCCAAUAUUUAUCAUCCUCUCACACUUUUAUGGGGCACUUCGUCAGCAGUGGUUCGUUUAGCAAGCAGUCUUAUUGCUUGAAAGCACACACAACACAUAGUAGGAGAGUUCGAGUGUGAAAGCAGUGUACUCAUGCCCCUGAGAUAAGGUAUGCGUUUAGUGCCUUAUCUAACUAUAAGAGUUCUUCUGCUCUAAUCUCCGAAAUCGAAGGUCAGCUGACUGAGGAGUUAGUAUUGAUUCAUGCAAAGAUGCUCCUUUGAAGCUGGAGUAAGGAAUUGUCCACCUCAUCACCCCGAAGAGUAGUGGCUCUGUUGUUAUAGUAUUUCUAUUCACUUCUUGGCCUCAUUUCGCACCCGGUAUUUACAACAAGCAGGAUAUACAUAUUCAUACACAUUUAUUACUGAACCAUGGUCGAGUGAUAUGUAUUUUCACUGUAACUUUUAACUAUCACAAUUAAGUGCACGUUUGGACAUAA